GAAGCGGAAGCAGCGGCGGGAGUGAUUUCCUGUCUCGGAAGGAGCGGUUGUUGAAGUUGCGCGCUGGGGUCUGCGCUGACCUGAGGCACCGCCGGCGGCAGCUGCCGCGGCCGGGCGGGAGGAUGCGGCGGGCAGAGAUGAAGCCUGGGAAAUCAUCACAUCCAAAGGAUUUACUUGGAGUAAAAGAUCACUGACUUCUACAAUGGAAAAGUCAUGGAUGCUUUGGACCUUUGUUAAAAGAUGGCUACUAGCUUUGGCUUCCUGGUCUUGGAGUCUCUGCCGUAUUUGUCUUUUACCCUUGAUAGUAACUUUUCACUUGUACGGAGGCAUUAUACUACUUAUAUUAAUAUUUGUUUCAAUAGCGGGUAUAUUAUAUAAAUUCCAGGAUGUGCUGCUUUACUUUCCUGAACAGCCCUCUUCAUCACGCCUUUACGUUCCUAUGCCUACUGGUAUACCACAUGAAAAUAUCUUCAUCAAAACCAAAGAUGGAGUCGUUCUCAAUCUUAUUCUGCUGAGAUACACAGGGGACAAUGCAGCGUAUUCUCCAACCAUCAUUUACUUUCAUGGGAAUGCAGGCAACAUUGGCCACAGGUUGCCAAAUGCUUUGUUAAUGCUGGUAAACCUGAAAGUAAACUUAAUUCUUGUUGAUUAUAGAGGGUAUGGGAAAAGUGAAGGAGAAGCAAGUGAAGAAGGUUUGUACUUAGAUUCUGAGGCUGUGUUAGACUAUGUGAUGACUCGGUCUGAUCUUGAUAAAACAAAAAUUUUUCUUUUUGGCCGUUCCUUGGGGGGAGCAGUAGCUAUUCACUUAGCUUCUGAAAAUUCCCAUAGGAUUUCUGCCAUCGUGGUGGAGAACACCUUUCUUAGCAUCCCGUACAUGGCCAGCACUUUGUUUUCUUUCUUUCCAAUGAGAUAUCUUCCUUUAUGGUGCUACAAAAACAAAUUUCUGUCCUACAGAAAAAUUGCUCAGUGCAGAAUGCCUUCUCUCUUCAUCUCUGGGUUGUCUGACCAGUUAAUUCCACCAGUUAUGAUGAAGCAACUGUAUGAAUUAUCCCCAGCUCGGACUAAGAGAUUGGCGAUCUUUCCUGAUGGAACUCACAAUGACACUUGGCAGUGCCAGGGUUAUUUCACUGCACUUGAACAGUUCAUCAAAGAAGUAAUAAAGAGUCACUCCCCUGAAGAAAUGGCGAAAACAUCAUCUAACAUAACAAUAAUAUAAUUGAUGUUCUUCUUUGGGGUGGGGGGAGUACCUGCACUGUACCUUGAUUUGUGAAAAGUGGUAAAAGAAUGUCCAUUUUUAAAUGUAUGUCAUGUCUGUACUUGCCUAAAGAGUGAAAUUAAACUUGGAAAGGUCUGAUGCUUUAUUAAGAUAUUCCAGAUAACUUUUACAUUUGCAGCAUUGUAAAUGAACCAUUUUAUGUCUUUCUCAUACUUUUUUGGUAUCUGUCCAUAUAUUCCAUUUGUUUGAUAUGUGCAAUGGAUGCUAUUAAAGGAACUUGCUACAAAAGUAGUACAGAAUGUGUUAGUUUAGAACAACGGGAAGCUCUUCAGUACUCACUGCUGAACAAGUGAGCUUUUUGGACAGUCAUGGUUAGCACAAUGAUUUGUUGCUUUUCUUAGAGUUUUUUUAAAGUGUGCCAUGCAUGAGAUUAGUGUUUUAUUCCUUGAAAUUUUAUAUUAUGCAAGGUGGGAAGUCUUUAAUGUGCUAAAUAAUAUAAAAUAACAUUAAUGGUAGAGUAUACUUGCAGGUAUACUAUCCUGGGUUAUUACUGGUUUUUAUGGUUAUGCGUACGUAUCUAUUUCAAACUGCACCUGAAGAGGAAGAGACCCUUUCCCUGUUUUCAUUUUACUAUUUGUAUUAUAAUAGUGCCCAGACAGUUGUAUGUGCCUAAACAUAAUGACUUCAGGAUUUUGCCCAGGCAAUUUCUUCAUAGAACAUAGAAGUAACCCUCAAAAAGAGCAGCAUGAUCUAAGCUCCUUACAGCCCAAGCUCUCCUCACUGACGUACAGGCAAACUAUUUGUUGGUAUUAGUCUGCUUGUGCAUUUGAGGUGGGAUUUCCCAAGGCAGAGUGGGUGGUGUGACAGAAAGGAGUGUCAUACCAGGUAAAAGUAUGUGUUUGUGUUUGAUUUUUUGUUUCUUUUUAGGCUCUAACCACAUGAUUAGAGAUUAAUGUAUACAGUUGGUACAGUAAGGAUACCAAAAAUGAGCAGUGCAUUAAAUUUAGUAGACCUAAGCUUAGUUGGUCUAAAAGAGAAAACAUUUAUUUUAACACUUUUACCCAUUUGCUAGCAAGAAGUCUUUUACGGUUCUGUUGUACCAUGUGGAAGUCGCCUAGGCACCAGCAGAAGUGAGUUUUCUUUAGCUCUGCUGGGAUUUUUGAAGCUAGUUUCACCAUUUCAGAGCCAGCAGGACUUAAAUUGAGAGAGUUUCAUUCUAACUGAAUGUUGGGGUUCUCGUUUGUUUGUUUAUAGGAGUCCUUAUCCUAGGUAGUAAUAUCAAAGUUUUAUGCUGUUAGCUCAGUCCAUGUUGGAGUGUGGGGCUGUUUCAAUCUCUUCAGCAGGUUUAAUUUCUCAUUUACUGCAGCUAAUAGUUUGCCUCUUCAAAAUAUUUUUCAUGUGAAGAACAAACUGGAAAAUUUUCCACACAAUCUGUACAAUUGCCCUUUGGAUUGAAAUUUUUAAAUAAACUUUUCUGCCAUAUUGUCCUGAUUCAGAAAAGCAUCUCAGCACACACUUAAAAUCUGUUUCCUGAUGGACAGUGGUAUUUUAAGCUUGUGCUUAAGUUCACUGGUUGAAUAAAACUGCUUUCCUGAACUGAUGCCUUAAUGGUUAUGCCUCCUAAAAUUUAUUACAUGGAGUUACAGGUCUUGUGUACACAUGGGUAAUAGUUGUCAGCAGUUUAUCCAUAGGGUGACAUCUUUACUUAAAUGUGAUAUUUUUCCUUUUUUUUUUUUUUAAACAAACAUAUACAUACCAGAAGUUGCCACCUUCUCUGGUAAGUGUCUUUUGUCAUACUAUUAUUAAGGUUUUCUUAGAGUUGAUUGAAAAAGCUGUAGAUGUUUUGGGAUAUAUGCAGUUUUAAAUCUGAGUGAACCCAAAACUCAUCUCCUCAGCUUUCCAGUGCUGGUAAUUUUUGAGGGGCAGGCGGCUGGGGAAGGUAUGUUGGUGAAGGCUGGGGAGCGGGGGUAGGGGGUGUGUUUAUGUAGCAGAAAGGAGUUAAUAGACAGCAUUCCCUUUCCCUGAUGUAUUGAAAAAUGACAGUGUCAGCUGAUUGCAUAUAUUGUUUCAGCUACUUCACAUCGCUUUAGAACCAAGGUGGAGGGAGAGAAGGAAAAUAAGUGGGCAAAUACUGCUUUUUCUGAAAACAAGUUAAUAAGCCAAAAGAAUAGAUUACUUGGAGACAGAAUGAAGAGAAAGUAAAUAAUUAUUUCAGAAGUUGUCAUAACUUGCCAUUAAUACCAUUGUUUUUUUUUCAUAAAAUGUUGAUUUCUAAAGUAAUGUGUCUUCUUCCUCCACUCCCUGCCAAAAACCUCAACUCAAAAUAUCCUCAGUAUGAUGUGGCACUAAGAUACAAAGGAAGUAUUCUUACUUGGGCACGCAGUUGCUAAGUGGAAGUCAAAUGCAUGGCAUUGGAUGGUGGCAAUCUGGAGCUCUUCAGAAUGGACUGUAUCUGUACAUAACCUUAGAUUAUCAAGCCAUAUCUUUUCACUAUAUUGUCUGCAGGACAUAAAGAUGAAACAUUGCAUAGUUUUGCAUAUGAGGAGAUAGAAUUGUCAUGUACGGAUCCUUUACGCUCCAUGUGGUUUCUUCCACCUUUCACAUACGCGCAUUUUUACUUCUCUGAUAAUGGGUUGGGCGCGUACACUUGUGAAUGAACGUCUGUUACCAUUCUGUUCUUCACUGCGUUGGCUAUGAAAUCCACUGAAAGAAAAUGGGAAGGAAAUGAUUUUUUUUUUUUAUGCAAAUAUUCCACUGCUGUACGUAUGAUCUCUUAGCGGAGGGAGAAGGUGGGAAGAAACUUGUUUUGACAAGUCAAGGCUUGUUUUUAUUUUUAUGGUCUGUGUGGUGGAAACCCACAGUUAUCUGCUGCUAAAAGCCAUUUUCAGACAGUGAACUGCAAGCAACAUAGCACUACUAACUUUACAUUGCCAAAAGGUGUAUUAUGCUACUGUUUAAUUUACUCCAUUUAACACUAUAACAUUUUCCCUUAACAAAUUUUCAUUUGUAUAUAGAUGUUUCCCAAGUAUUUGUUCUGUAUAUAUAAAUUUGUAUUUUGGGAAGAGGAAGUUGAGUUAUUUUCAUGGGUUUGUAAGAAAACCUCUUGGUUUAAAUAUGCUCAUUAAAGGAAUUGUCUCUUUUAUAAGAGGAACUUUAAGUUGUUUUGUUUUUUUGUUUUGUUUUUUUUUUUUAAAUAAAAAAAUGAGGGAGUCAGGAGUUGAACUGGAACAGCUGUAGCAGUAGAGUCCUUGUAAGGAAGCAUCCAGUAUAAGACCUCAUGUGUGCACAUGUGUCAGUGGUUUUAAUUAGUGGAAAUACUUGAGGCUUCCUGCUAAUCCAAGUUUACAUUCCCAACUUUUGUUUUCUGAAGUGUAAAAUGCGAAGAGAUAAGCUGUGCUUUCAUCUGACGAAAUGUUAACUGGUGUAGCUGCCCUCAUGUCCAUUUCUCAGGUAAAAUUAGAAACAGAGCACAAAUAAAAUUGGUAAGCUACGGACAAUCUCUCAGUUGAAGGGCAGAUGGAUUAACUAUUCAUACAAAAUAUGCAUAUCAGCAUCUCUAAGCUAAUCAUUUGUGUCACGUUGGGUGUUCACAGUGAAGAAUGCAAGGCUGAAUUGAGAGUCCAAGGUAUGGUCUCUUCUAUUAGCAAAAAGAGUCAGACAUACCUCCAUUUGUAUUUCAUAAUUCAAUUCUUGAGGAGUACAUAUUUAUUUUUGUUAAUGACAGGUGAUUUUGCUAGGGGCACUUCUGCCAAAUAUAAAAUCAGUGCCUCUUGCAUGCAGUGGGAUCAGCCUGGUGUAUCCCAUUAAGACUAAUUUACAAUGCCAUCUUGCUUGUAUAAUUUAGAAUAGAACCUUCCAGAAGUGUAAAUAGAGAUAGCAUAUUGAAGUUCUAAAUAACACUUGUGGUUUUAAUUCAGAAAGUGAUUGAAUCUAUGAUGCAAGCUUUUUGUUUGAUUUUUCUUUAAUAUAUAGUUAAAGCAAAAAUGUCUUAUGAAGUAUUCUUAAGUUUUGUAGACAAAGCGUAAAUGUUACUGUGUAUGUGCUAAUCGUGGCAAAGUUUUACAUUCUCAUUCUAGUCUGGUUUUUACAAUACAAUUAAUUUUACAGAAAACACUUUUCUAUUUUUAUGUACUGACAUAUGCAAUAAAUUGAUACAUUAAAAGU